AUGCAGCCUCACAGCGAGGUGCGGCGACGGCGGCGGCGCGUCUUGUCCUGCAUGGCCUGCCGCCGCCGCAAAAUUAAAUGCAAUCGCGAGCACCCGUGUCAGCACUGCACCGAGACGCAGCAGGUGUGCAACUACCAGGCGCCCCCGUCGCCGCAGCUGUGGCAGGCGGCCAAGGUGGUGGAGAGGCCGCCGCCGCAAAAUCAAAACAGCUGGCGCUCUGUGAUUUUCUCAUCAGGGAGCAACACGCCCGACUCCUUUGGCGAGGCACCGGUCCAUCAUGAGGCGGCGCCUGUGCCCCCUACGCUGCUGCAGAGUCCGCCGGCAUCACAGCCCACUCCAGCCGCACGCGACGAUCGCAUCUUUGCUCGAAAAUCUGCUGUUCACGACUCGCAGAUUGUUCUGGACAAGACGCGCAUUCUACGAUGGAGUCACUGGAUGGGAGCAGGGCAAGAGUUUGGUCCCAUUUUCGCCUGCUAUCUAGAGACGCUGGGUCCGCAGCAAGACUCUACCCUGUCUCCAGAUGCAAAGGCAGUGCUGGUCGACGCGGCCGAAGUGCUCCAAAAGUGCAAGCGGCUUGCGCGCUCCUCCAAGAUCUGGCGGCCCAGCCGACUGUUUGGCAUGCAAGGCUAUGAUUUGACGCCCCCUGGCCGCCAAAUUGCCGACGCCAUGGCUAUGGAGUACUUUACGUAUUUUGAAACCACGAUUCGGAUCCUGCACAUCCCAUCUUUCUGGAAAUCUUACGACGAGUUCUGGAAGAACCAGAAUUGCACCAAAGUGGAGACUCAACUCACGAUACUGCUGGUAAUUGCCAUCGGCUCCAGCUUGCAGGAUCGCAGCGACGCCUCCGCCGCUAUCCCGAGUAUUGCUCAGAUUCAUCAGUGGAUCUACGCCGCGCAGACAUGGCUUGCAGGCCCAUUGGAAAAGGAUCGGCUGGACACCGCAGGUUUGCAGCUCUAUUGCCUACUUGUCGUUGCCCGACAAAUUUACUCUGUAGGAGGGGAUUUGGUGUGGAUGUCGCUUGGUUCUCUGUUGCAUCGCGCAAUGCAGCUGGGCCUUCACUAUGACCCGAAACAUUUUCAAGGCAUGCCUCUUCUCAAAGCCGAGCUGCGGCGCAGGCUGUGGUACACAAUCUUGGAGCUUCUUAUACAAGGGUCACUGGAUACCGCAAUGCCGCCACGAAUCUCGACAGACGAGUACGACACCGAGCCGCCAUCCAACAUUGACGACAGCGAAUUGGACCAAGACACCCAAGUCCUGCGUCCCAAACCUGAUUCUGAAUACACCGAUACGACUUUACAACGGCAUCUCAUCUUCGCGCUUUCUCCUCGUAUCAGAAUCGUGCGGUAUCUCAACGCCAUCAAGGCGGACCUCUCGUACCCAGAAGCGAUGAGCCUGAGCACUGGCUUGAGCACUGCGCAGAGAAAAGCCACACUCGAUCUCCAAGCAUAUUCCGACAGGAUAUCCCCUUUUCAGCGCAACAUGGUCGACUUUCUGCUGCGGCGCUUCGUCGUGCCGCUGCACAGCCCGUUUGCCUGCGAGGCCCGCACCACACCUGCCUUCUCCUACUCCCUCAAGGCCUGUACCGAGGCGAGCCUGGCGCUCAUCAACCCCGAGCCCGACGCGCGCUUCACCCGCCUCCUCGACUUUGCCGGCGGUCUGUUCCGCGAAGGGCUGCGCUCCGCCAACACGGCUAUCAGCCUGGACCUCAUCAUCCAGACGAGAACGCAGCAAGCGGACGGCACGCUGCACCGCACGCGCACGGUGCGCGAUGCGCUGAAGCGGUCGGUGGUGGACAUGCUGGAGCGCUGCGACAGACGCAUCAGUAAUGGUGAGACGAAUGUUAAGAGCUACGUCUUUUUAAGCAUGGUGCUGGCGAUGACGGAAGCAAUGGAGAAUGCGGAGCCGUGUGAGAUGAAAAUCGCGCAAAGCGCGAGGGAUGCGUUGACGCAUUGUUAUGGCAUUUUGGAAAAUAGUCUUGGUUCUUUUGUAACAAACACGCCGACGGAAGCUGGGUUUCUGUCUGGUGGGUUGGACGCUGGGUACCUGGAUAUGGGCAUGGGCAUGGACUGUUUCUUCUCGGACACGGGAUUUUCAUAA